AUGAACCGCCUGGCUUCCGUCUUCCGCCAGGGGUUGGCCCAGGCGGCCUGCGUGGCGGAGGAUUCCAGCUCAAGACAGAGGCUUGGACGACUGAUGGGGUCGUUGUUGGGUGACCGCGCGUCGCCGUUCGGAAGCUCGGCGCCGUGCGGAGCGGAUGUGGCCGUGGCGGCGGAGGACUUGGGGCACGCGACAGGCCUGGAGAGGAUCGAGUUGGAGGCCGAGGCAAAGGGUGCUAGUUUAUUCGAGGAGGAGUGGUUGAGUGCCCCAUUUGGCACUAUAGACAAUCCCGUCCAGGUCACAUCCUUCAACACGGAGCGCAUAGUCGGGGUGCCAGACCCUGACGAUGAUUCCAUCGUUGUCUGGGGAAUUGUCAAGGAGAAUGAGCCACCCAAACAGCUGGUCGAGAAUGGAGAAUAUUUUAUCCUUAAGAAGGUGGAAGCGGCCGCUUGGAACAAGGAUCACUGA